UACAAUUUCAGAGAACUGAAAAGCUAUCAGUAUGAGUAGUAAAAUGGCAGCAUCAAAUGUUCUAAUGCUUAAGAAAGCAGGAGAUAAAAGACAGGAACAAGCAUUGCUAGUAGCAUUCAAGAAAGCAGACUCCGACGGAGAUGGAAAGCUGACUGUGGAUGAAUAUUUCAGGAUUCUCCAAGACCACAGUAUCAAUACAACCAAAGAAGAAAUAUCCAAUCUAAUGGAGAUUGCGGACAAAACGAAAGAUGGGUAUAUCACCCGUGCGGAGUUUAUGGGAGAGGCAAGCGCCCAAACUAAAACCCAGGAAAUGGUUGAAAAGGCAGAACGCGCCUUUAAUAUAAUUGACAGGAACCAUGAUGGGUAUAUAACUAAAUCUGAGAUGUUGCAAACUACAAAGAAACUGACUGAAAAACAGAUAGAGGCUGUAUUUGAACGGAAUGAUCGGGACGGGGACGGAAAACUAUCAAAGGAAGAGUUUACUGAGAUGAUGUGUAGAGAGAAGAGAUGAACAAUAUUGCUCGAAGUACAGUUCAUCUUUUUCAGAACUUGAAAAAUAUUUGAGAUUCAAUAUCAAUUAUUUCAAAUAUCGUGUACACAUUAAACGCAAGAAUUUGCCAUAUUUAAAAUGCAAAAUAAGAAAAAAAAUUAAAUUUUAAGAUGUUUACAAAUUCAUUAUCAACCUUCUGCAUGCUGGUGGAAUAAUUAUCAGAAUUUAGGUGACCCUUCAUUUCGUGACCGAGUCAUGAACUUUCAUUUCAUGGCCGUAUCAUAAACUUUCAUUUCAUGGCCGUAUCAUAAACUUUUCCUUUCAUGGCCGUAUCAUAAACUUUUCAUUUCAUGCCCGUGUCAUAAACUUUUCGCUUCAUGGCCGUGUCAUAAACUUUUCCUUUCAUGGCCUUAUCAUAAACUUUUCAUGCCCGUGUCAUAAACAAAACAUUUCAUGGCCGUGUCAUAAACUUUUCAUUUCAUGCCCGUGUCAUAAACAAAACAGUUCAUGGCCGUGUCAUAAACUUUUCACAAAAAUCUUUCAGUAAAGAAAUUUUCUACGGCAUGAACAACUGGAUGAAAUUACCAAGAUUUCUCUCUAAAAAAAGACUAAGCAAACAGAAAAAGAAAUUGUAAAGGACACAGUAGAUGAUACCCUGUAAAUGAAGGGUUACUUAAAAUCACGUUGACAAUCCCUUUAAAGUAACAUUUCGAUCUUUUUUAAACCGUUAAACAAAUUAUUAUAAAAACUUUAUUAAUAUUAGAUCUUACCCUCAAAUCCCUGAACUGUUUGCAUACUUAUAUAUGCAUAUACAUUUAUGUCAAUCCAUUUCAUUAUCAUAUAUAUAUAUCUUUACAUCUUAAUCUUUAGACGAAUAUCUUCUAUGCUUAGAUGUAUACUGUAGAUACUUUAAGCGGAAAUAGUUUAAGACAGUUUUCUGUAUGUUUUUAUUCUGAAUCGUUUGUGUGUGAAACUUGUAAAAAUAUAAAAAAAUAAUAUUAAAAA